AUGUUUCGCCGAGUACCUCACCCACAGACGAUCUUUCAUCUCGUUCCGCACAAGGACUCUCCCCGAGCAGUUCAGAUGCUCCUCCACCCGGACAAUCAGCAUUUUGUAUCUCUUUGCGAGAAAGGAACCAAGUUGGGCAAGGAGGACAAAUACGGUCUGGAGAUCGGCUAUCAUGUCUCGGCGAGGCCUCGUGCUCUGAUUAUAGUGGAAGUGGGAAAGAAUGCUGACCUUGUUAUGCCGGGAUCGAGCAUAUCUCAGGUCCACUUUUCUUUUGAGGUCCAUCCAGAAUCCCGUCAAAUCAUCUUCUUGGAUCGGUCUCGACUUCACAGCACUAAAAUAAAGCCAGAUGGUUGUCUUGCAGCCAAAAACGGAGUACGAAAUCAGCGCGAGAAAAUAGACCAAUUUGUCUUCCACUUGAUAGGGCUCAGGGAGCCGGACGAUCUGUUGCACGAGGUGGAGAAAGAAUCUCAGACGGUUCAAGCGCGGGGACAGAAUCCUCGUUGGGCUCGAACGGUAGACGCCGCACCUACAGAUCUUCCCACUUCAUACAACACCCGCCUUCAUACACCUGCCAUAGAAGCCGUCCAGCGGACGAUCGAUGUUGGACCGCUUGGAACCGGAGCCUUUGGUGAGGUGCGAAAAGCCGUGGACCGCGAUUCAGGAUGUUUCAUCGCCGUUAAAAAAAUCCGCCUGCCCCCGAGGAUUGAUUUUGCCGUGUCGAAGGAAGAGCUCCUAUUACGACGUGAAGUUAAAGUUCUCUCCAAUAUCUCUCACAAAAAUAUUGUCGAGUACCUAGGCUCGUCGGGCUGGGAUACUGGUACUGUGGAUAUUUACAUGAGCCUAAAACCGGGCAAUUUGUCCGAGUUGCUCGAAAGGUCUCCAAGCGUGCGGACUACUGACAAGGUCCUUUUGCGUCUGUUGCAGGACAUGCUCGAGGCUCUAGAUUAUCUAGCCUUUCGAGGUUGGAUAUAUCGAGAUGUGAAGCUGGAAAACAUUCUCUACACGCCGUUGGGCGACGACACAUACCUUUUCCAGUUAGCUGAUUUCGGCCUUGCAAAGUUUGCAAAGACGCACUGCGGCUCCCCUCUUUACAUGGCACCGGAGAUAAUGUACGGCGCACAUGAGCAGUCGCCCAAAAUCGACAUCUGGUCCCGUUUUGUCGUAAUCGGUGUUGUGGUGCGGGCAGGAGGGCUUCAUACAAGGCUGGCCAGAUACGAAGACGCUUUGAGGUGCGUUCGAGUUGCAGCCGUUAGAAUUGAAUUUCUCAGCCCCAUGGCACAGGAAUACCCUAGCAUGCAGGCCUCAGUGGCUCAGAUGCUCGUGAAAUGUUUUAAUGGCGAAGGAAUGAGUACGCCUCGGCAUCAAAUUGGGCCAAUCCCAGACCCAGAAAACGCCCCAGGCCCCGUGCGGCGUUCAGAACGACGCAGGUCUGCUCGAAAGCCCCGAGUCCCAUCCCUGAAAGCCCUCAGACCUGCAGUUCAUAAGCUGAAGCGACUCAAUAACAUGCCAUCCAAGAUCCCAGCGAAUGGCAGGUUACUUCGACGUGGUAUCUGUGCGAAAGCGUUGGACGAAAACGAACGGGUGGGGGGUGUUUUGGGGGCUACAACGAUUUACUUGAUAGACAGCCUACCAUAG